GCGCAUGAUCAUUAGUAACGUUGGUACUGUGUGUGUGCCUGUGCGUGUGUGUGUGUGUGUAUGUGUGUGUAUGUGUGUGUGCGCGUGCUCCUGCCUGCCUACCUACCUACCUUACUGCUUGCCCAGCCUUACAUUUCUAUAUAUUUUUGUCAAAAACCUAGGGGUUGAUUACCGGACUGUAACAAAUCAUAUUUAGCAUGUCGACAAAUAAAUCAAAGAAAGUGAAAAUGGCCACUAAAUCAUGUCCUGACUGCGAUCAACAGAUUCCAGUAGCCUGCAAGUCUUGUCACUGUGGCUAUGUGUUUAUUAGCCGAAAACUCCUAAAUGCUAAACAGGCUGAGAGGUCAUCAACCACAUUGGAUACGCUAGAUGCUAAAAGGAGGAGGACAGAAAGAGUACAAGCAGAGAAGAUUAGUGCCACCUCAGCCAAUCACAAAGAACAGAGAAGGCAGUCCCGCUCAAACAGCCAAUGUGAGCAGGUCCGAAGAGGGAGGGGACGGCCCAAAACCAUUGCACACAAGAAGCAAGAGGAAGAGAGAGAAAAGCAAGACAAGGAGAUUGAUAUUUACGCUAGUCUCUCAGAUGAGAAAGCUUUUGUGUUUUCAGUGGCUUUGGCAGAGAUCAAUAGGAAGAUCCUUGGUCAGAGAUUGAUUUUAUAAUGGGGUUGAUUUUGAGUUACAAGAGCUGAAAAUGACUGCAAUGGACCUGUACUGAAGUAAUACGUGAACUUUGAGUAAGUCAGGGCUUGUCAAUGCCUGCUAGCCAUGGUCUGCAUGUGACAUACAAGUUCUAUAAAAUGGAGAGUAUCUUGAAUGGAUGGAUGGAUGGAUGGAUUUUCAGUACCACUUAGCUAGUACAAGGCAUAUUGUGUAUAAAUGCAUUUUUAAAAAAUAGUGUAAAAAUAGAAUUUAAAAACAAAUUAACAUAGAUAAUCAAAGAGAUUACAUUUUGAUUUGUUUGUUUUAUGUACAGUGGACAGUUUUUAUUAUAUUAAUUUAUUAGGCAAAAACAUUAAUAAAUGUAUAUUUAAUAGUUUUUUGUAUUUCAUUUUAAUUGCAAUCCAACUUCAGAUGUGUAAAGCUGUUACUUUUGUGGAACAAUUUGCUUUGCACUCAAAUAAAAAUGUUGAGGACUAAAUGGCUGAAAAUGUUGCUUUCAGUCUUCUGGAGGCUUGUUUGGUCUUUAGAAGAGAAUAGUGGAGCAAUUCAUUUUGGUAUCCUGCUGUAUAAUGUUUUCAAAUAGUGUUGUGGUAAAUUUCCUCUAAGCUUCUUUCAGCACUUGCCAAAGCUCUUCUUUGGGCUUUGGCUGUUUUUCAGUCUUCUUGCUGUUUAAGUGAUCCGACGCAGCCUCAGUUAUGUUGAGGUACAGAGUUCUUGACAGAAGACUGCAAGCCUAUAAGACCCUCUGCCACGCCAUGCUUUAUGGUCUUUUACAUACUCUAAUCUCGUAUACUUGUUACCUCUAUGAAAAAAAGACCAUUUCUUAGAAGACUUUUCAUGGCUGAAGCAUGACUUGGUACCAGAUGACUCUGAUUCUGAAUGAGAACAUCAUUGAAUUUCUUUCUGUCCCUUAAAGAAGUGACCUUUGCUCAGGCACAGACAGCUCUUUGGUUCUUUCCGCUGUUUUUUGUCUUCAGCUUGCCCAGUUUCUUCAGAUUCUUUAUAACAUCUUCAACACAACAUCUUGAAGAUCCAGUUUGUCAAACUAUUGCUUGCUGGCUGAAGCCUUGUUGGUAUAAAACUGUGAUUUUAUGACUGUUGGAAUGAGUCAGCUCAUUUCAACAGUGAUAUCACCCUAGAAUUUGUAACCAUCAUACAAAAUGUCCAUUAUGUUUGGCUCAAUAUCUCAUGACAUUUAUUAAAAAAGUUAAUUAAGUGAGCUUAAUAAGAUGUAAAAUUAGAUCAAAUGUUUUGGGGUAUUUUUGGUUUUAUGAAUAUUGAAUACUAAAUCAAUGGAAACUACCUGUUUUAAGGCACAGUACUCUAAAUUCCUCUUCUGUGGUUAGCCUUCUUGUGCUUCUGCAGUUGUAGGAAGAUACAGAUGUCAGAGUUAAUGAGACUCUGCUGUGGUCUACGGGGACUUCCUGUUAUGAGGCAGAAGAACUAGAGUCUAGUAACCAGUUUCUUUGCAAAAAUGGGGAGAAUCAUCUCUCGGAGUCAACAACAUUGAUUGUUCCUUGUUUAGACAUUCAUUAUACUUAAUAAAUAUACUAAAAUAUACAAAAACAAUCAUAAUUUUUUGGCCAUCAUUAUUAUUGCUAUUGUUUUUAGUAUAACCACAUGUCAAUAAGGGUUUAAUAACUAUUUUUAUUACUGAUCAAGAGAAGAUAAUGGAAUAAUGGGAACAUUUGAUACACAUAAAUUGUAAACAAAGUACAAGGAAAUUUAUGUAAGAAAAUUUCUAAUAAUUGAAGUCUAUGUUGUUUGUUGUGUGUGCCCUGUGAUGAGGUGCCUCUUCAUCCAGAGGGUUCCCCAGCCUUGUGCCCUACUGUGUUUCCUGGACUAGGUUCCAAGCCCCCUGAAACAGUCCCCUGCCCCUCCCUCCAGUAGGUGGACAAUAGAUGGACAAUAGGUGGACGUUUGCGUAGUUUUUUUUUUACCACUAGGGGGCAAUAAAGCAUUGGAAUUGUACUGUAAUACUGUGUUUUAAAAAAUGGUAUAAAACUACCUACGUUUACUAAAUUGUUAUGUUGACUUACAUAUUGUACACUAAAGUAUGAUCAUAAAAUUGUAGCAGAUAUGUGUCAGGCACUGUCGAAUUCCAAAUGAAAUUAAAUAAAUUGUUAUACAACGCCAUCACAUUAA